UUUCUCUCAGCUGUUUAGAGGCUCAGGAGAAGUCAAGUUCUUUGGGAAUCUGUUCUGUGCAGCAGCAGAGAGCGAACAGCAGACAGGAGAGAAGAUACUGGAGCUGUUAUCAUCAGUGUGCAGAUAUCAAUCAUUCCCUCUUAAAGACAGAUACAUGGAUGAUGGUAAACACAAAUAUCAGAGUGGUUUCCUGCUGGAUCUGUGCUCCCACCUGAAGGACUAUGAGACUAAAACAGGCUUGAGGGUCCUUCCAUCAUUACAGUCAGUUUUCCAGUCAGCUCCUGCAGUCUGGUUCAUAAACCUCUCAGAGAGAAAGACCUCCAUCCUCCUGGAAGUGCUGAAACUCCAACCAGAGAAGAAACCAGUGGAGCUGACAGGCUGCUCAGAUGAAGAGAGUGAAGUGAGGAGUUUCCUACAGUGUCUGCCUUAUAUCUCACAGCUCAGAUUCUAUGACAAGUUUGAAGAAUCAGAUCUAGUCAAGUUCUUUGGGAAUCUGUUCUGUGCAGCAGCAGAGAGAGAACAGCAGACAGGAGAGAAGAUACUGGAGCUGUUAUCACCAUACUUGGAUGAAGAUGAUGAUGAAUAUCGUUGUGGUUUCCUGCUGGAUCUGUACUCCCACCUGAAGGACUAUGAGACUAAAACAGGCUUGAGGGUCCUUCCAUCAUUACAGUCAGUUUUCCAGUCAUCUCCUGCAGUCUGGUCCAUAAACCUCUCAGAGAGAAAGACCUCCAUCCUCCUGGAAGUGCUGAAACUCCAACCAGAGAAGAAACCAGUGGAGCUGACAGGCUGGUCAGAUGAAGAGAGUGAAGUGAGGAGUUUCCUACAGUGUCUGCCUUAUAUCUCACAGCUCAG